UAGUCAUCUCUUCUAAUCUGCACAUUACUCAAUGGUAGUAUUGAUGGUUACUCGAGGGUGCAGACCAGUGCAGACGAAUGAUGGCUUGUAGACGGAGCAAUGUUCGUUUUCGAUAAAUAUUUAUUUUAUUUUAUUUCUGUUUAUAAAAAUGUCUCCACCUUGCCUUAGCCAGUGCUGUCAAACACCAUCAGCAUCAAUAAAUGAAGAAAUUAAAAAGUACCCGGUUAAAAAUAUGGAACUUAAUCGGGUGAGCUUAUUUUUAAUUUUCAUCUCUGGGAUGAGCUUCGCUGUCAUCGGUACACUACUUUCAAACUACUUUCAACAAUUCUCACUGAGUUAUGUAGGUGACGAUAACCGGCGUAUAUUUGCGCCACUCCCGUCAGAAAAUUUUUUGAACUUACAUGAUGAAGGAACAUUAAGUCUCUCACUUCGAAAUUCAGAAGUUAGUAAAAUAAAACCAGUCACUGAUGCAGCGUCUGUAUCAGAGGCCAUAAGCUCCUUACACUUGGCGUUAGAAAUGAAACUAUCCGGUAAGCAAAGCAAAGCUGUAAAGUUGUUUCAACACGCUGUUGCCUUAGCUCCUAAGCACCCGGAUGUUUUGAACCACUAUGGAGAAUUUUUGGAACAUACACAGAAAGAUGUGAUCAAGGCUGAUGAGUUUUAUGUCAGAGCUUUGACAUAUCAACCAAAUCACGAGGGAGCUUUGGCUAACAGGCAAAGAACAGCUCGAGUUGUUGAUGAACUGGACCAACGGAUGCUUAGGAGAAUAGAUGAGAAGAGAGAUGCGUUAUCGGCAAUACCUGAUAGCAAUGCCGCACUCCGUCGUGCUAAAAAAGAAGCAUAUUUCCAACACAUUUAUCACACUGUUGGUAUUGAGGGUAAUACAAUGAACUUGGCUCAAACUAGAGCCAUAGUUGAAACAAGAACUGCAGUGGCUGGUAAAAGUAUUGAUGAACAUAAUGAAAUCUUGGGCUUGGAUGCUGCAAUGAAGUAUAUCAAUGCGACCCUUGUAAAUAGAUUAAAUGCUCCUGACUGGAAUGCUUAUAGUACAGCUUGCUGCGGGUCUGACAGUGAACGGCCCUUCAAAACGGUUGGCUCCAUUUCCAUCAAAGAUAUACUAGAAAUUCAUAAACGUGUGCUGGGGCACGUAGAUCCUGUAGAAAGUGGGCAAUUCAGGCGGACACAAGUGUACGUUGGAGGGCAUGUACCACCAGGUCCAGGAGACAUACAUAUGUUGAUGGAACAAUUUUCUUUGUGGUUGAACAGUGAACAAGCUGUUCGAAUGCAUCCUGUGAGAUACGCUGCUUUGGCCCAUUACAAGCUGGUUCAUAUUCAUCCAUUCUCUGAUGGAAAUGGUAGAACAUCUAGACUUUUAAUGAAUAUGAUUCUAAUGCAGGCUGGCUAUCCGCCAGUUAUAGUUCACAAACAGCAUCGACAUAAAUAUUAUGAAUAUUUGCAACUGGCAAACACAGGAGAUGUACGACCUUUUGUCAGAUUCAUUGGAGAAUGUACAGAACAAACGUUAGAUUUGUUUUUGUGGGCUACUAGCGAAUUUUCUAGGCAAGUCCCGGCAUUAGGGCAAGAUUCUCUACUAUCCGAAAACCAAAACACGAUUUUGCUCAGCGACGAUGGAAGUGGCGACUAUGAAAACGAUUAAAAAGAUUCAAAUUUUUAUAAUCAUAUAUAACUUAAAUACAAAAUUGAUAAAUGUAUGCCCAAUUUUAAAUUCGCAUGCGUGUCAAGAGUGUGAUGAAUAUUAUUGUGAUUAUUCCGUGAAUCGUACAUACAUACCGGUGGUUUGUACAAAUCAAAUAUGCCACUUCCAUUACGAAAUAAUUGUUAUGGCUAUUUUCUAUUUAAUUUUGAGUCCAUGUUCGGUUGUAAGCAUACCAUCAAAGCAUAAUCGUAUGCCAGCCAAAGUAGCCUGCAUAGGUGCACAUUAAUCUUAUUGUACAUAAGUCAAGUCAUCUUUGCUAUUAAUACAAUUUAAAAAUUAUUGAAUCGAGACUCAUGUCACGAAUUGGGACAAUCUAAAUUUGUCAUAUUGUUGAAAAUAAGUACUAGUUCAAAUACUUCUGUACAUAGAUCUAAUAGGUAAUUUUAUAAAGUAUUUUUUAAUAUUAAGUUGAUUAAGACUGUGAUGUAAAAUUAUUUACCUAAUGUUAAUCAAUGAAGUAUAAGAGAGGCACAAAUUAUUGUACAGAUGUAAUGUUUGUUUAAUCAUGAGUAAACGAGUUGUAAUGUAAUGAGAUCAGUGCGGCAAACACUUGCAGGUCAAGAUGUUUGAAAUUAUCAAAAAUGUUACAAUACGUGAUCAUUCAGACAUUAUUUAGAGUAAAUUUUUAAGAAAAAAGAAUAAACCCAAUUAUUAUAGUGCUUUCUUGUUUAUUAAUUUUUUUUUAUUUAUCCAAUUGUGAAAAAUGAAGAAACCUAUACGAUGUAAUACCAUUUUCAAAUGGUAAGCUGAACAAAAAAGUCGAAACUUUUUACAUACAUACAACAAGAAGCUCAUUGUAAAUAGUAAAAUGAAUUCGAAACAUGAAUCAUCAGAUGAUCAGAAGACAAUAUAGUUAGGUUUUGGUUCUGUUUUUUAUUCAUCAAGCAACAACAUGGUGUCAUUAUAAUACAUGUAUGUACCCAGAACAAUUUUCUGUGCAUAUCAAUCAGAAUGAAGAAAAAAAGAUCUAGUGAAGGUGAGGCAGAUAGUCGAGAUUUGUGAUAUCAUGAGUAAUGUAAUACACUAUUACAGUACUUAUGGUCUUAUCAGUAAUAGUGUCUUCGACUGUGUUAAAUUAUUUUUUUCCAACUUUAUAAAUUAUUAUCAUAGCAUAUAAAAAAUUAUAAGUAUAUUUAAAAUCUUCAUUCAACGAGCAAUCUUCCAUCACAGUUUAUUACCAUUUUGUAAUAUUCUGUGACCAUAGAACGGGGAUAUAUAUAUCAACAUUUUAAUUUGCUCGAUAUAUAUUACAUUAACUUGUUCUACUUGCCUUCAAGUCUGUGAUCAUAUGAAUUUAUUAAACACAACUUAGACAAAUGUAUCACAUGCUGGAUAAAUUCUAUAAUUAUUGUUAAAUAGUAAACAUUAGCUUCAUCAAUAUUGCGAUCUAUGUGAAAAGAACAUUCAUGUUUAUUUAUGUUAAAGUCAGUUAGGGAAGUGUUAAUCGACUAAUGCGUGUGAAUUAUCAUGCUUUGUUCUAUUGGUUUGACUAAAAAGGUAUGAAAAAUUAAAAUCUUAAAUUGUAGUUAGCAAUAAAAUAUUCCAAUACAGCUUCACAGGGGCAAAAUUUACUCAUAAAAAACUUUGUGACAUUUUUUCUACUAUAAUAACCACAUGGAAUAUUGAGGCAUCGAAAUAUUUUCAAGCUGAUAACUAUGCAAGAUAUUCUUAGUUUUAACAAUCAAUAAUAUUACUUAACAAUACGUUUUUCGAAUUUAAAAUAGCUGAGAUCCACUCAGCAUGUUUACUUCCUAAAACUUCCAAGGGAUCGAAAUUUUUCUAUCGUCUGUUUGAAAGUAAACCUGUGCAAAUAUUUUAAUUUAACGGGGUCACAAAAACUUCGAAUGCACAAUUUUUAAACAUAAAUAUAAUGCGUUGAUUUGGCACUAUUAUAACGAAGCAGAUUGUAGAGAAAAUACAACAGUUAUUAUUCAAUUGAGGACAGCUGGCCAAGAUCUAUAAUUGCAACACUCAAAAUCUUCAUUUAAUUAAUCGAAACAUUGAAAAUUAAAAAUACCCCCGUGAUAAUUAGCUCACGCUGAAGAAUUGAGUAUUAAUAUUACGAUUUUUUAAUUGUAAGAGCAACAGAUUAUUCAUUGGACUUAAUAUUCUAAUAACAAUACAGAUAUAUUUUGACGAAAUUGUAUUUGUUUGAAUUAGUAUUUAGUUAUCUACCGGAAUCAUUCAUGUCACACCAGUGUUCUUCCAACAACUGCACAACUCAGUUCUUCUGAAAUGCAUGACAUUAUCAAUGAAGCGACUUAGAAAAACACAUAUUUCCUUAAAGUCCUAUGAGUUAUUAAUUAGAUGAUUCCGCAGUUACAUAAAAGAAAGUGAUCUGGAUCAAAUUAUAAUAUUAUUAAUACACAACUCAAUACUUAGGCCGUUGUUGAGCCACAUUGAAACAUAUAUAAGUGUCUUACAGCUAAGAGUUACUUCUGAAAUCAGUCGUUAUUUGGUUUAAUACGAGUUUCGUUUACUAAAUUUAAGUAACCGGCUAUAGAAUAAGAUCUAAAUAGAUUAUCCAACUCUGCAGUCAAAGAAACGAGACCCUUACUUUUAAGCAGCCUAUAGAAUACACCACCGUUUCUUAAUGUAAAAAAAUAUUACAAAAUUCAUCAUAUCCAGGUAUUACAAAUUUUCCAACAAUUUACGCGCACUGUAACAGAUAUUAAUCAAAGACCAUGAAGCCUACAUGAUGUAAUAAAAUGAUAUUUUGAAAAUUUAACCUCAUUAAUAAUAUCAAUUCAGUUUAUAAAAUUUUUUUGAUCUAGAGGCAAGAGUGAAAAUACAAUGUUCAAAUAAAAAUAUAUACAGUGUAUGCAAAAUCAAAAGAGCACUAUGUACAACUUUUGACUUAAGAUACGUGGAUAUAAAAAGAUUAAUUUGAUACAAUCGAGAUUGUAGACUGGCAAAGCUUUUGUACCUUGAAUUUAUACAAGUUUCCAACGAACGAAUUGUUGUAUUAUGUUCUAGAUGUCGUAUAAUAGCCAAAUAAUACGAAUGGUUGAGACCUUGAGUAUAUGAUGAUAUCAUGUUAUGAAGAAACCAGAAAUUCAAAUACAUUAAUCGAGCAACAGGGUUGGUGAUCUACUUGUAAUAUGUUUCCAUAAACCGGUAUUCUAAGGCUGUUUUCACUGUCUGGCGGUACACUGGGUCCCUUUUCACGAUAUUUCUAAUGUCUAAUCAAUAUCUUAAUUUAAUAUUACAUGAUCUUAUACAUCAAAAAAUUAAAUUCACAGCUUAAGCAUAAGUCAAAAGCACUCUUGUCGCACUCGAGAAACGUUUAUUGUACAUUUAGUACUUCAAAAGCUUAAAAACCGCUGAAAAACUCAGAACCGGGCACACCGUAACAAUGAGAAAGUGCCAUACAUGUAUAAUAAUUAUGAUUCUUUGAAUGUUGGGUCGUAAAUGGGUUUUGGUUUGAUUAAGGGACUGCUUGUCUGAAUGUCAGCUACAAGUAAACUUUUUUUUUUGCUGUAUAUACUUUUUUGAAUAACUUUUUUUUAAUGUAUCUAGAAGCUACUGGUGGAGAAAUGCUUCAUAAUUCAUCAUGUAAGCAACUUUUGUCAGUAAACGACCGGCGCCUUAUAUCAGAGAACAAAAUAUAUUUAUGGUUUUUAUUUGCUUAGUACAGUAGUUAAAUACAUGAUAAUUUCUUUAUGUUAAAAUUUGCAGUAAUGAAGUUAACUUUUAUCAGCAAUGCAUUUCUGAGUUAAUCAACCACUAUUCAAUACUAAGUCUCUGAAUUUGUAGCUGACGGAAAUUUUAAUUAUAGUCCAUAAUUUUAACUUGAACUUUUGAUCCAAUUUUACAGUUCUGAAAUGAAACAAUAAGCAGAGUAAGCAAGGUCUAUAGAUGCUGAUUUGUUUAGUAAGCUAAACAAUUUUUAAAAUUAUGUAGAGAGAUAUUCAUAAAGAUGCGCUUCCAAUAAGUUAGCGAUUGUAAAAAACUUAGUUGGCUUUCAUGUUGGACAAAAUGUAUCAUUUUUUAAAUAUAUAUAAAAUUAUUCAGCGUUAUUAAAUAAAACCAAAAAAAUUAAACUGUUGACAUUAUCUCAAGUAUAUUAUAACAGAAGAUUAAUUCGAAAAUGCAUCACAUAUUUGAAGAUAGAGUCAGGGUGUUUCACCUCAUUUGGAACCCGCUGAAUGAUUUCUGGUGAGUUUACACUAUAUGAUUUUGCUAAUCACAAUUUUUUCAAAGAGCAUCCUCUAAAAUUUUAUCACUUAAUUAACAAGCCAAGAAUAUUGUAGUAGUCAAUAACUGUU